AUGGGCUCAAUCGCCGCGGCCAGCGAGGCCAAAUCACCUGUUUCGAACCGCACAAGUCAACGGUAUGAUCUCCGCAGCCUAUCAUCGUCGUGGUCGAUCCAACGGGAUGCCGCAACACCCACCUCUUCCGUUCCAGCGUUCGCUCGUUUCACCCCCGCAAUCGAAGUCUCCCCCAACGACGCGGGGAAGUACCGACUCGUAACCCUCUCCAACGGACUCAAAGCCCUCCUCGUCUCCGAUCCAACGACGGACAAGGCCGCGUGUGCAUUGAGCGUCAACAUCGGCCACUUGUCCGAUCCGGACGACCUACCCGGUCUAGCGCAUUAUUGCGAACAUCUCCUCUUCCUCGGUACGGAGCAAUUCCCCGACGAAGCCGAAUACAAACGCUACCUUUCGACGAACAAUGGUUACUCGAAUGCUUACACCUCUAUGGAGGAGACGUUGUACCAUUUCGAUUGCUCGACCGAGGCCCUGGAAGGUGCACUGAAGAGGCAUGCUAGGUUUUUCCAGAACCCUCUCUUCGAUGCAAGUUGUACGGAGAGGGAGGUCAAUGCCGUCGAUGCAGAGUUUAGGAGGAACUUGCAACUCGAUACCAGAAGGUUGUUCCAACUUGGGAAGGCGACGAGCUCGAGUGAGGGGAAGGGGACGGUGUAUUGGAAGUUUGGGACGGGGAGUAAAGAGACGUUGUGGGAUGAGCCGAAGCGACGUGGGGUUGAUACGAGGGAACGGCUUUUGGAGUGGUAUUCCGAGCAUUACUCGGCGAAUCUGAUGAGUUUGGCUGUGUGUGGGAACCGUCAGUCUGCUGUAUCUGUCGGUCAAAGGUGAUCUCACUUGUUGCUUAUCGCGUCUGAGGCUUCUUCGAUCGAAUGACAGAAUCGCUCGACGACCUCGAGAUGAUGGUCUCGCGGGAGUAUUCCGGCAUUCCGAACCUCAAUGCCCAACACAACAUCUUUGACACCCCCGUUCUAAAAGAAGAGCAACUCAAGGUCCGUUGCUUGUCUGAGCGCUAGAAGUCGACGACCGAUGCCGACCGGACUCAUUUGUGCACACAGACUCUGAUCAGCUACCGGACCAUCAAGGAUACGCCGCAACUUCGGAUCGAGUUUCCUUCACCCGAUUCCAGGGCGCACUGGUCCAGCAAGGUACGUGGUGAGGUCUUCAGUCUCAAGGUUGAAAUUUUGACUGAUCGAAAGAGUGAACGACUCCUUGCGGUACAGCCUUCGAGUUUCCUUUCCCACUACGUCGGCCACGAAGGACCGGGAUCAAUUCUCGCCGAGUUGAAACGACGCGGAUGGGCAACUUCGCUCUCUGCUGGAGGUGGCAAUGGUGCAGCCGGUUUCGACUUUUUCCGCAUCAAUGUCGGCCUGACCGCAGUUGGAUUAACGAACUACAAGGCCGUCAUCAGCUUGGUCUUUGAAUACCUCGACAUCUUGGCCUCAACGACUCCGCAACGAUGGGCUUUCGACGAGAUGAUGAAACUGGGCCAAAUCGGUUGGCGAUGGAAAGAGAAUGGUCAACCGACCGCGCUCGUCAAGAGCUUGGCUUCGAGAAUGGCGAAAACGCUUUACCCUCCGGAGAAGAUCUUGAGUGGACCUUGGUACGCGACCAAGUUUGAUGGGGAGUUGUUCAAGACGUAUGCGCGGAGGUUGAGGAUGGAGAAGUGUAGGAUCUUCCUUGGGAGUCGGGAGGUGGUGGGAGGGAGGGAAUGGGAUCAGAAAGAACGGUAUUAUGGGACUGAGUACAGAAUCGAUCGAUUGGAUGAUCUUAGGUUCGAGGUGAGUAUUGGUCAGAAUGCUGAGAACGACGAGUAUCACUCUAAAGACUGGGGUGUCUUCGCCUGUCCCAUACAGAUGAAACCGAUCUCGGAGGGCAAGUUGGCACUUCCGAAACCGAACCCUUUCAUUCCGAAAAACGUCGAACUGGUGACCAAGACGCCUGCAGCUGAGGUGCGUCGCUGGCUUCCUCGUGCAGAUCCACAGAUAGAUUCGCACUGACCUCCUCAAUGGGUGAUCCUGCAGCCUGCCAAGCGACCGACUCUGGUUCGGCAAAGCUCGACGAGUCGCGUCUUCCACAAGAAGGACGACCGUUGGUGCAUUCCACGCGCGAACGCUUAUUUCUUGCUCAAGACGUGCGCCAACAUCUACCGAGUACCCUCGAUCGAAUGCUCCAAUCUGCUGACUUCGAUUCUACGCUCCCUACUAUGAUCAGGCCGGUCGCCGACGAAUCCCCGAGCUCAGCGAUGAAGACCCAACUGGUGACUCAACUCGUCGAAGAAACGCUCGCCGAAUACUCGUACGACGCGUCCCUCGCCGGACUCUCCUACAACGUCGGGUCAGCACCCCAAGGUCUCGAAAUCUACGUCUGGGGAUACUCGGACAAGCUACCUUUGUUACUUCAAGUCGUUUUGAAGAAGCUGAAAGGGCUGGAUUUGGAAGGAGAGGGAAUGAAGGGCCUUUUUCAUUUGGUGAUGGAGAGGUUGAAGAAGGCGUAUAAGAACGCGAGGUUGGAGAACCCGUCUACUUUGGCGGAUGCGCAGUUGAGAUGGUUGACGAGGGAGACGUAUUGGACGUUUGAGCAGAGGUUGGAGGCGCUGAAAGGUGCGUCUUGACUGGGGGAUAAGUUCUGCUGUGCGAGUGGGCUGACGGGAGGCUGACGAGAUUCCCUGACAGCUCUCACACCGGAGCAAGUCCAACCCCACAUCGAGGCCAUGUUAGCCCAAGUCCGAAUCGAAGCUUUGAUCCACGGAAACCUCACAGCGGACCAGGCCAUCGCCCUGACCAACACCGUCGAAACGACGCUCCUACGCUCCCCACCCUCCUCCCCUCCAUCCGAAGACGAACACCAUCGAGCCCUCGUCCUUCCCAAGCCUUGCAACCUCCUCUAUCGCUCCAAGGUCUUAUCUUUGGAGAAUGUGAAUUCCGCAGCGUCGGUGUAUUAUCAAAUUGGGCAUGCGAGGGAUGAGAAGACUUGGGUGACGUUGGCGAUGUUCGCGCAGAUUGCGAAAGUACCGAUCUUUUCGACGGUCAGUUCGAACCACGUUAUGCGCAUCACCGAAAAAAGGAAAGCUGAUCUUGCCGAUGUGGACGCCCCCAGCUCCGAACCAAAGAACAGUUGGGUUACAUCGUUUCCUCCUCCACCUGGUCGCUCUACUCCCUCACCGGUUUUCGCAUCAUAGUUCAAUCCGAGCGUUCACCCGAAUACCUCGACUCACGAAUCGAAGCUUUUUGGUCCACGUUCGAAGACGUGUUGAUCCAAAUGACGGAAGAGGCGUUCGGGAAGCAGAAGCAAAGCUUGAUGGAUAAAAAAAGGGAGAAGGUCAAGAACCUGGGUGGGGAGAGUGCGAGGUAUUGGGAUGAAAUUCAGGAAGGCACCCUGGAUUUCGAAAGACGUGAGUCCGCUUCCGAAUCUGACUUUUGAUCGAGAGGGUUUCUCCUUGCAGGAUGAGGGAUUGACCUCUCCGAGUCCGGUUCGAACGGCUUCGCAGGUGAACGACAGGCUCUACUCGUUUCAACGUUGACCCGCGCGGAUCUCGUCGAUUUCUUCAAUGCCUACAUACGCCCCAGUGCUCCAAAACUGUCGAAGCUCUCGAUACUGAUGAGGUCGCAGAGACUUCAAUACGAUGCGCUGAAAGCGCUUGAGGAGGUCUUACCCGGUGGGGAGGAGAAGGUCAAGGCGUUGCUCGAGUCGAAGCCGACGUUGGGACAACUCGAAGCAGGGGUUCAGGCGCUUUAUCCCGAGGGUCAGGGGAUUCCUCAGAGGGUCAAAGAGGAAUUGGAGAAGGUGGGUCGACUUCCUGAAUUGGACGGAGAAGGGGUGAAGGAAUUAUUCGAGCAAGAGAUCGUUGAGUGGAGGAAGGGGUUGGAGAAGGCUGAGAGGCUGGGGCCGAGGGAGGAUCACCGUUCUGAUUUGGAGGUGACGAGUAAGCUCUAG